GGUGGAGAGAGCGGGCGAGCAGAGGAGGUUACUUUGGGAAGCCGCGGCUCGCUCAACCCAGCCCCGUCUUUUGGAGGGAGUGUGUCAUGUUACAGAGGAGCCGCGAUCAGCCAGAGCACAGCGUCGCCGAAACAGCUGAGAAUUACCUCUCUCUAAUGGGGACUUUCAUGUGUGAGCUCCUGGCCGGUCUGCGAAGGAACUGAAACUGGCAGCUUAGGAGGAAAUCAAAACCUACCAGCGACUCAAAAGACUGAAAGACAGGAAAAAAAAUUCUCAUCCGAUUUUUUUUUUUUCUCUCCGAAUCUUUGCUGCAAUUGGAUCUGUUCGGUUUUAUUUUUUUUUUUCGGCACCCCUUUUCGUAUGUGUGCGUUUUUAUUUUUCAUUUUUUAGACACCCCAGUCCACUUCUGUCAUUCUUGCUAUUAACUGUCAUUUGCUGGCACCAGGGUCCCCUUGGACGUUUGUUUUCUAUGCCCUCUGGAUUGUGCUUCUUGGAAUAGGAAGGAGGCUUUAUUUAUUCUAUUUAUUUAUUUAUUGUUUCUCAGGACAGGGAGGGAAUGUUGGAGGAGAAGAGCUGGAAGGGUGUUAGCGAAGCAGCUUUUGAUAGGGGGUGCGUGGCUCCCCCCAGGACCGGCGACGGGGAGAGAUGCUGCCGCCUCCCGCUGCUGUUGGGCUCGGGGCUGCCCGGCAUCUCCCUGCUCUCUCUGGUGCUCAGCCUCCUGCUGUACUUUCGGACCUCUGAUCUGCAAUCCCGGGUGUCCCACUUGGAAGCGGACAGAUCCACGCAGCUCCCUGCCUGGCUCUCAGCAGACCAAAUGGAGACGGCUAUUUUGGGAAGAGUUGACCAACUGCUUGAUGAGAAAUUGAAGUUUCACUUGCCGAGACAUCGAGAAGUUCGAGAGACGCACCAGCAAUGCAACUGCCCAGCAGGUCCACCUGGUGCUACAGGAAGACCAGGGCUUCCGGGAGACAAAGGCGCAAUGGGGAUUCCUGGGCGGCCGGGACUAAAAGGGCAACCUGGAGAGAAGGGUGCUCCAGGAGAAGCAGGCAUGUCUAUCAUUGGGCCCCGUGGUCCACCCGGACAGCCUGGAACAAGAGGUUUUCCUGGAUUCCCGGGUCCUAUUGGCUUGGAUGGCAAACCGGGUCAUCCUGGACAGAAGGGGGAGAUGGGUGCCGCAGGUCCCAGGGGACUACCCGGACCCCCAGGACAAAAAGGAGAAAAGGGUCAGUGUGCAGAGUACUCCCACAGGCUGUUGCCUCUCCUCAAUUCAGUGCGGCUGGCUCCACCUCCGGUCAUAAAGAGACGCACUUUCCAGGGUGAACAAGGACAAGCAGGAAUCCAAGGUCCUCCGGGGCCACCCGGCCCGCCAGGGCCUGCUGGACCAGCUGGACCCGAGGGAACCCCAGGACAGCCUGGACCGAUUGGGCCACCUGGCAGAGCUGGAGAACCUGGGAAGCCUGGCAGAGAUGGAAAGGGCUUACCUGGGCCUCCUGGACCAAAGGGAGACCCUGGGAUUCAAGGAUACCCUGGCAGAAAGGGUGAGGCUGGCAUGUCAGGCCUGCCUGGUGCACAUGGCCUCCCUGGAGCUACUGGCCCCAAGGGUGAAAAAGGGAACACUGGCAUAAAGGGGGAGAGAGGCAUGCCAGGGCUGCCAGGAAGACAUGGCAUGAAGGGUGCUCCUGGGACAGCCACGGCAGGGAUGAAGGGUGAGCCUGGGACUCCAGGAGAAAAGGGAGAGCCUGGAGUCCCAGGGAGGAUGGGCCCCCCAGGUUUGCCAGGGAAAAGGGGGCAGCGGGGCGAGAAGGGCCGAGCUGGUGACCCUGGGCUCCCUGGCCCGAAGGGAGAGAAGGGAAAUGGUGAGAAUGCCUUGGUGGGAGGCAAAGGGGAACCUGGUCCUCCUGGUCUGCCCGGUCCCCCUGGACCAAAGGGAGAAGCUGGUGACGUUGGUGCUGCAGGAUCACGGGGGGAAAAGGGAGAACGUGGUGCACCGGGAGAGCAGGGACCCAUGGGGCCAAGGGGCCCCAAAGGAGAGCCUGGAAAGGAUGAAAUGAUGGACUAUGAUGGUAACAUCAGUGAAGCUCUCCAGGAAAUACGAACCUUGGCCUUGAUGGGACCGCCAGGACUUCCAGGUGUGGCUGGACCUCCAGGGCCACCAGGACAGAAGGGUGAAAUUGGCUUACCGGGUCCUCCAGGCCAUGAUGGAGAAAAGGGACCACGAGGCAAGCCAGGAGAAAUGGGACCUCCUGGACCUCAUGGACUGCCAGGAAGGGAUGGACCACCUGGAAUAAAGGGAGAGCCAGGCCAGAUUGGGGUCACAGGAGAAAAGGGGGAUAAAGGAGAGCCAGGACAAGCAGGCUCACCGGGUCUUGAUGGCCCCACUGGAGAGAAAGGAGAACGAGGUGACCAAGGGAUGCCAGGACCACCAGGAUUGCCGGGUCCCAUUGGACUUCCAGGAUUGACAGGAGAGAAGGGUCAGCCUGGGGAGCGUGGAGACAAAGGAAAUCCAGGAGAAUCGAUGUCUGGUCCCCCUGGACCUCAAGGCCCACCAGGACCUCCAGGUCUUCAGGGCCUCCCAGGACCGAAGGGGGAAGCAGGGAUUGAUGGAAUGAAAGGAGAGAAGGGUGUCCAGGGUGAAAAAGGAGACAGAGGACCACUGGGAUUACCCGGUGCUUCAGGUUUAGACGGCAGGCCUGGACCACCGGGUACUCCAGGACCAAUUGGGGUUUCGGGACCAGCAGGACCAAAAGGAGAAAGGGGUAGUAAAGGAGAUCCUGGAGUUGUAGGACCAAUGGGACCAGCAGGACUUCCUGGUUUACAAGGUCUGCCUGGUGACAAAGGAAUCCGGGUCCACCUUUGUCCCCUUUAUCCCUUCCUCCUCUUCCGCCUUUCUUCCUGGUUCCUUCCUCCUCCCUCCAGAGCAACCCAUGCUGCAUUUUCCUGGAUCAUUCUCUGUUCCAGUGCUUGGUUCUGGGUGAUUCCGUCUCGUUGCUUCUGCUCUCCCAUCCAUUUCUCCUGCCAGCUUUGAGUUUAACACAUUUUAAAGAAGAAACAAUAGCCUGUGCUGUCUGAUAUUAUCCCUAAAUUCCUUUAACCUUCCCCACAAAGACCCUACAUUCAAUUCCCUGUGCAGCAGCCCCUUUCCCUGUUGAUGCUCAGCAGCUGUGGUAAUUUCCUCAGUUAUACAGAAAGAUUUGCUGUUGAUAUGACCAGCAAAUACCUGUGUAACACCCAGCCUUGGCUGACCUGCUGUGGGGAGGACAUAUUGUCCCUCAUUGAAGAGGGGCCACAGGACAUCCUCUUGGCCACAGCUGUGGCUGGUUUUCAUUGACCCACCGCUUCCCCUUCCAGGAGAACAAGGCUCCUCUUUGGUUAUGUUGGUGGCUUUUUUCUCCUUCUAAAAUGUUCCCAUGGAUGAGAAUUUCUUUCUGAAUGAGAAUGCAGAGUAGUGUGAAAAAAUAACAUCAGCACAGGGAGCCUGGGCCAGCAAUGCCUCGUAAGCACAGCAGAAGAUUCUGAUUGGGCUCUGCCUCAAGGCUUGUCCCACAGAGCACUGCUGCCCAUGAAAGCCACCCCCAGCACCAGCUGGAGACUGAGAGCAAGUGGCAUGCAGUGUAUAGAGGAGGUUGUCCCAUCCUCUCUUCCCACUGACAUAUGAGAAGCCCAGGGAAGUUGUCAUCCCAACAGUGCAGUUCUCUGCUGCCACUGUGGCACUCCACCUUCCUUUGAUGCAGUGCCUGCAUCGUCUGUCAGUGUGGGAUUUUAGUACUGGCUUUCAUGUUUGUACAGCUUAGGAAAGGUUAGUGGUACCAUACAUCAUUCUUCACUUAGCAUCUCGAAGGUUUCUCUUCUUUUAAAAUGUUUCCUACAUGUUCAUCAUUUUUAAACUAUCGCUGACAUUUGUUUGAAAUGGAUGAUCCUAAAGCUUUUGUGUAUUCUUUUUUUCUUGGACUAAACUGUUAU